AGCAGUCUUUGCAUGGACUAUCCGACAAAAACAGCGUAAACAAACGGUUUUUCACCACGCACUUACACAAAUGCAUAUCAGUACAAAUAUAAAUUACAGUUAGCCAACCGCUGCAACGCACAUAAUCAAAGGUACAUUGUUUAGUUUUGAGCGCUCUAGUGAAUUUCGUGGGCGAAAUGGAUACGGAACCAAAUGAUUUGAGUACCCUGCUAGCGAAGAACCAGCGUUCGCGAAAAUACACGAGAGAUAGUAGUAUCGGUAGUGCCGAACUUCCGUGUGAUUUGAUAUCCGAUGCGUCCGUAUCAUCGUUAUCUGAACAUGCCAAUCUGCAUGGAUCUGUUGAAACUGUGACAUCGAUCACAUCCAGCGAACUGGAUGAGUUCAAUUGGAGACGCUUACGUUUCUACUUGGUCGAACCGAUGGUGUUCAUACUCUUGUUUGCCUACAAUUUAUCAGAAACCAUCGUGAAGAAUCAGAUAAUUUAUCAAACAUGCACGUCUAUAUUCUUUUUCAAUGAGAGCGAUUGUGGACAAUUGGGUACUAAAAACGCUAGUGAGCAUGUCAAGCAAAUAGAGACUACGAUUCAGCCGUAUGCAGCGCGUAUAUUUAUGACAUCCUCACUCAUUGAGAGCUUUGUGCCAGCAUUUUGUGGUGUAUUUAUCGGCGCUUGGUCGGAUCGUUUCGGACGCAAGCCAUUGCUGAUCACAGCCUACAGUGGAUACGCUCUCUAUUAUGCGAUUGCAGCGAUAAUUGCGCAGUUAUCCACAAACAGUCUAGUCAGCCCGUGGUAUUACUUAUUGGCGGUAUUGCCACUUUCGCUGAUCGGUGGCAGUGUCACAUACUCGGUGGCCACUUUUUGCUACAUCUCAGAUGUGUCCAGUGCACAAGAGCGUCCAUAUCGCAUGGCCACAUAUGAGGUAGCAUUGAUUGGUGGACUUAUGGCUGGUUCCUUUAUAUCGGGUUAUCUUUAUGAGGCUACCAAUGCGACGUACGUUUUUCUAACAUCAUGUUGUAGCAUUUUUGUUGCCAACUGCAUUAUACUCUUCUUCAUACCGGAAAGCUUAAAUAGGCGUCGUUUUCAAUUUGUCUAUAAUACUGUUAGCGAAGAGGAGGAACGGGUUCGUCAAUUAAAUGCUUCCGCGGAUGAAAUCGGCGAAGUUCGAAAACUAUUCGAUUUAGCAGCGGUUAAGGAAAUGUGGCAGACCUGUUUUAGACCGCGUGAAUUUAACGAUCGCGCGAUCAUUUGGCUGGCAAUGAUGGCAUGUUCAAUAUCGGUGUUUGUUUUAGAUGGCAACAUGACUGUGUUUUACUUGUUUAUACGAGAGAUAUUCAACUGGUCCGUCAAGGAGUUUACCACGUUCGAGACAAUCAGCAUGUUCGUGACCACCAUUGGCAACAUAAUGGGUAUUAUCGUAUUGAAAAGGUUGCUGAAACUUUCUAUUGUUCACAUUGGCGCACUGGCAUUUCUCAGUGCGGCCGCUGGCAGUUGCGUUAAGGCUUUUGCUGUCACUAAGUGGUUCAUGUAUUUGGCGGUCGGUGUCAGCGCUCUGAGAGCGAUGGCGCAUCCAAUGUGUCGUACUAUUGCCUCUAACGUAUUGCCGCCAAAUGAAUUAGGAAAGUUCUUCUCUUUCUACAGUGUUCUACAGGCUUUUCUACCAUUCAUUGCCUCACCGAUUUAUGCAGGCAUUUAUAGCAUCACACUCACGAGUUUUCCGGGUUUUUACAAUUUGUUAAAUGCCAAUCUGUUCAUAAUUGCCAUUUGCUUUCUGCUCGUGAUCUUGCGCAAGAAGCGUGCCUAUCCGACACGUUACCAAGAACGUCUCUAAAAUAACGGUGUGAUCAUUGUCAUAUCGCAGCGGAAACUACUUUUUUUACUUGAAUAAUUAAAUAUUAAGUAAUUAUAUAUGGCAUUAUUGCAUGUUUAAUUAAAUCACUUUUCUACUAAGUGUUUUCUAGUUAAGUUAUAUAAAUGUACAUACAUAUAUA